CGCCAGGUUGCCCCAGCCUAACCGCGCCUGCAGGGCCCAUUUCCUCUCGUCGUCACACGCAAGCUUCCGCGCUUGGGGACGAGACGGUGACCGGCGCGCCGCCAAGCUGCUUCCGCGCGCCGGAUGCCGCCUUCCCCCGCCACCACGCUCGCCUCCAUCAACGCGCUCCUCGCGUCGCUCGCGCGCUCCGGCCGCCCGGCGCAGGCGCUCCGCGAGUUCCGCGACAUGCUCGCGCGGGGCGCCCAGCGGCCCGACCACUUCACCCUGCCCCCGGUCUUCCGCUCCUGCGCGCUCGCCGGGGCCCCCGCUCUUGCUGCCUCCUCCCACGCGCUCUCCGUCAAGAUCGGCGCCCAUGACAACCUUUUCGCGGCGUCCGCGCUAGUGAUGUGCUACGCCGGCCUGUCCAACCUGGUCGACGCGCGGAGGCUGUUCGACGGAAUGCGCGAGCGGGACGCCGUCCUGUGGACGUCCAUGCUGUCGGCCUACGCGCAGGGCGGGGAGCCGGAGGCGGCGCUGCAUUUCUUCGAGGGGAUGGUGAUGGCCGGGGUGCGGCUGGACGCGGUGGUCAUGGUCAGCCUGCUGCUUGCGUGCGGGCAGCUCGGGUGGCGCCGCCACGGGAGGAGCGUGCACGGCUGCUGCGUCCGUAGGUUCCUGGGGAUACCGCUGUCGCUGGGGAACGCACUUGAGGACAUGUACGUCAAGUGUGGGGACUUUGCAUUCGCCGAGAGGGUGUUUGCUGGCAUGCCCAGGCGGGAUGUCAUCUCGUGGAGUGCGCUGAUCCUUGGUCACGGUCUGAAUGGGCGUUCUGAUGUUGCAUUGGGGCUUUUCGAUAGAAUGGCGGAUGAAGGAGUCCGACCAAACUCGGUCACUUUUCUUGGGGCAUUGUCAGCUUGUUCACAUUCAGGCAUGGUGGACAAAGCGUAUGCUAUCUUUGAGGGGAUGAAACAAAGGGGCAUCGAGCCUGAACUGAAGCACUACUCUUGCAUGACUGAUGUGCUAGGGAGGGCUGGCCGUGUCGUCGAGGCAGUGAAGUUCAUAGAGGAAAUGCCUUUCGAGCCUGAUGAGGCGAUGCUUGGAGGUGUACUAGCAGCGUGCCGAGUGCAUGGCGAAAUUGAAGCUGCUGAACGGGUUUCAAAAAGAUUGAUGAACAUGUCUCCUGCAAGGAGCGGCUACUAUAUGAGCUUGGCAAACAUAUAUUCAGAUGCUGGGAGGUAUAGUGAUGCAGAGAGAAUAAGAGGCUUCAUGAAGGAAGUUAAAGUCGACAAGCUUCCUGGAUAUAGUUCAGUUGAAUUGGAUGUUGACAAGUUUAAAUUUCUUACAAUGAACAACUGAGUUUGAAGUGCUUGAUCAGUUGAUCUAGCCUGUGAUGCCCACACACUUCACUGCAGUGUAUGCUUUGAAGGGUAAAAAGAAGAGAUUUGCUGAGCGGAUGGAAAGAGCAAAUGGGGUGCUUUGGCAGUUAGCACGAGUCCAAGAUAGUUUUAGGCUUGAAAACAUUACACAUUUGAGCUAAUGUGUUGUGUUGUCGUAAUUUGGGGAAGCCACUUCUCAAGCCGAUAGGGACAAGAAAUUGGUGAAACAGAAACAUUGGAAUCGUGCAGUCCUCCUCUCAAUGUCCUUAAGAAAAGAAACUGUCCACUAUAUGUGGCUGCGGGUUUAAAACAGCUCUUGAAACUGACACAUGAUGAUCCCCAUGUUUGUGGACAUAUGAGCAGCAAGGUUUGAUUAAGCUUGUCCCUAGACUGACAGGAAGUGAAUGGGUAAAAUGGUGGGUUUUAUUAACUUAUUCAUUCUUCCCUGUUGAAGCUAAUGGACAUUGUUGUGGGUUUCAAUUUUGCUGGUUGUUAAAGUUGUUGCAGUGAUUCUUGAACAUUGUACAGUACAGUUACCCGAGACAACGAUUGCUUGAACAGAGAAGGGUAUCCGAGAAUCACAGGCUCAGCCAAUGAUUCGAUGAUCAUAUGACCUUGUGAAGCAAAAGAUACGGAACUGAACUCAGAUUAUGGGUAUUGCUUUGAUUAUUUUUUCUCAACUUCUGUGUAUUGACAUAAAUCAAACCCUUUUGUUUCCUCACCUUUUAAUAAAAGGUUAUUAUCUUCCAUUCA